GAGAUGGGUCUCAAGCAAUUCCUCCCGUUUGGCCUCUUCCUGCUAGCAGCGGCGCUCCCUGCCGCAGAAAUCAGACAAGAGCAGGAAUCCGAAUAUGAAUACAUCGUCGUUGGCAGUGGAGCCGGAGGCGGUCCACUUGCAUCUCGUCUGGCUCGGGAAGGCCACAGCACGCUGUUAAUUGAGGCUGGAGACGAUCAGAGCAGCAAUCCAAACACCACUGUUCCCAUCUUCCAAACACUAGUAUCAGGGGAUCCCGCCCUACGAUGGGACUUCUAUGUCUCUCACUACCAGGACCAACAACAAGCCCAGCGGGAUCCCAAGUACAGUUACGAUACUCCAAACGGAGAAUAUACUGGACUCACGCCUCCUUCGGGCGCCACUCCGAAAGGAGUCCUGUACCCACGAGCCGGCACUCUCGGAGGCUGUGUAACACACAAUGCCCUAAUUUUCAUCACAGCCCACGACUCCGACUGGGACAACAUCGCCACUCUGACUGGAGACGCCUCAUGGUCCGCUUCAAACAUGGGCAAAUACCUCGACAAAGUUUACGAAUGGCAGAGCGUGAACCCAACCGACCCUACGAUUCUUCUCAAGGACUUGCAGCUUGUCCGACAGCUCGCCGGGGGUGCAGGUGUGAUCGCUCCUGGACUUGAUCUGCUCAAGCCGGUCGUAGGUCUAGGCACCGCGCUUCUGGGUGACCCGAACGCUCGUCUUCCGAACCGUGACUCCACUGAGGGCUUCUAUCCCAUUCCUCUGAUCGCUGAGAAGGGAGCACGAAAGAGUGUUCGAGAGCACAUUAAGGACACCGUUGCUCAGGGAUACCCCUUGACGGUCAAGACCGACACUUUCGUCACAAAAGUCGUCUUUGACAAGUCUGGAGAUGAGCCAAAAGCGGUCGGCGUGGAGUAUCUCGAAGGAAGCUACCUCUACCGCGCCAGUCCUCGCAGCAGCGGUCGCUCAGGAACACCCGGAUCCGUCAACGCUACUAAAGAAGUCAUCCUAGCAGGCGGAACAUACAACACAGUCCAAAUGCUAAAGCUCUCCGGAAUUGGUCCUAAAGCCGAGCUCGACUCGUUUGACAUUCCCAUCCUCGUCGACUCCCCGGGCGUAGGCACCAACAUGCAAGAUCGCUACGAAAUCGGCCUUAAUGUCCAACAUACCAAAGACUUCAACAUUCUCGAAGGCUGCACCCUCGAUGCUAAACCCCACGACGAAUGCUAUAAGCAAUGGGUUUCCGGCGCCCCUGUCCUCGCCCAACGCGGUACAUACGCUACAGAUGGUCUCGCGGCUACGAUGGUCGCCCACUCAGACUACGCCGAAAACUCCGACGUCGACAUGUUUAUCUUCGGGUCUCCAGCCAAUUUCACAGGGUACUUCCCUCAAUGGUACGACCACAUCGUAGACCAACACAACUUCUACAGUUGGUACACCCUCAAAGCCCACACGCGAAACACAGCCGGAACAGUCAAGCUCCGCUCCGCCGACCCCCUCGACGUCCCCGAGAUCGCCUUCAACUACUUCACCUCCCCAGGAUCCGACAAAGAUCUCGCCUCCAUGGUCCAAGCAUUGAAAAUGUCGCGACAAGCUUUACAGCGGUAUAACAAUGACCCUAUCCUGAAUCUCCUUCCAGGAAGUAAAUUUGAGGAAUUCUUUCCCGGGCCGAACGUCCAGAGUGAUGCGGAGCUGGGUCAGUAUAUUAAAGAUCGGACCUGGGGACAUCAUGCUGCUUGCUCCGCGCCGAUUGGAGCGGAUGGCGAUCGGAACGCUGUGCUUGAUAGCAAGUUCCGGGUUAGAGGUGUCAAGGGAUUGAGGGUUGUAGAUGCGAGCGUUUUCCCUAAGAUCCCGGGAGUUUUUAUCCAGGCGCCGAUUUUUGUUAUGAGUGAGAAGGCGGCGGAUACCAUUCUUAAUGGGUAG